CUCUCCUGCUCCAGUAACUGGAGGCACAAGUUCUUUCUUCACCAGCCUCAGCUUUAUUUGAUUGAAGGUCUGGGGUGUGUCCUGCUGCAACAGCCAUGGCACCCAAAAAGAACAAGACAACCAAGAAGAGCAAAGCGGACAUCAAUGACAUGACCAUAAUGGUCGAGAACAGUCCCAUCAACAAGAUUAAUGGUCUAAACACUCUGUUAGAAGGAGGAAAUGGCUUCAGUUGCAUUUCAACUGAAGUCACCGAUUCUGUUUAUGCCCCGAACCUCCUGGAGGGCUUGAGCAACAUGAGAAAUGAAAGUUUCCUCUGUGAUCUCACAGUCGCCACAAAAUCAAAGUCUUUUGAUGUCCACAAGGUUGUCAUGGCCUCCUGCAGCGGAUACAUCAGAGAAAUCUUGAAGAAGGAGCCAACCCUCCAGAAUAUUGACCUGAAUGACCUCUCGCCCGUCGGUCUUGCCACUGCAAUUACCUAUGCAUACUCAGGAAAGCUCACGCUUUCUCUCUACAGCAUUGGCAGCACUAUUGCUGCAGCCAUGCUGCUGCAGAUCGGCACCUUAGUGAAGAUGUGCAGCGAUUUCCUCAUGCAGGAGCUCAGCGUAGAGAACUGCAUGUAUGUGGCAAACAUUUCUGAUGCCUACGAUCUCAAAGAAACCAAGUCGGCGGCUCAGAAGUUCAUGCGGGAGAACUUUAUUGAAUUUUCCGAGAUGGAGCAGUUCUUGAAGCUCACCUAUGAGCAGAUCAGUGAAUUCCUCUCAGAUGAUUCCCUGCAGCUCCCCUCUGAGAUCACAGCCUUCCAGAUUGCCAUGAAGUGGCUGGACUUUGACGAGAAAAGGUUAAAGCAUGCAGCGGACCUCCUCACCCAUAUCCGCUUUGGUACUAUCUCCGCUCAAGACCUGGUGAAUCAUGUUCAGAGUGUGCCAAGGAUGAUGCAAGACUCUGAGUGCCACCGUCUCCUUGUUGAUGCAAUGAAUUACCAUCUGCUGCCAUAUCAACAGAACAUCCUCCAGUCACGCAGAACAAAGGUACGUGGCGGCCUGAAGGUGAUCCUCACUGUAGGCGGACGUCCGGCCUUGACAGAAAAAUCUCUCAGCAAAGACGUUCUCUACAGAGAUGCAGACAACGUGUGGAAUAAGUUGACAGAGAUGCCAGCAAAGAGCUUCAAUCAGUGCGUGGCAGUACUGGAUGGCUUUCUGUACGUGGCAGGAGGCGAGGACCAGAACGAUGCAAGAAACCAGGCUAAACAUGCUGUGAGCAACUUCUGCAGGUAUGAUCCCCGCUUCAACACUUGGAUUCACCUGAGCAACAUGAUCCAAAGGCGUACCCACUUCAGCCUCAACACCUUUAACGGCCUCCUGUUUGCCAUUGGAGGGCGUAAUGCCGAUGGCGUUCAGGCCUCUGUGGAGUGCUACGUGCCCUCAUCUAACCAGUGGCAGUUGAAAGCUCCCAUGGAGGUACCCCGCUGCUGCCACGCCAGCUCGGUCAUCGAUGGCAAGAUCCUUGUAUCUGGAGGCUACAUCAAUAACGCCUACUCCAGGGCUGUGUGCUCCUACGACCCCUCCACCGACACCUGGCAGGACAAGAGCAGUCUGAGCACGCCCAGAGGCUGGCACUGCGCUGCCACCGUGGGAGACCGAGCUUAUGCUAUCGGCGGGAGCCAGUUAGGAGGUCGUGGCGAGAGGGUUGAUGUCCUCGCCGUCGAAUCUUACAACCCUCACAAUGGCCAGUGGAGCUACUGCACGCCUCUUCACACAGGAGUGAGCACGGCCGGCAUUUCCACUUUGAACAACAAGGUCUAUCUCCUGGGAGGAUGGAACGAGGGCGAAAAGAAGUACAAGAAAUGCAUUCAGGUUUACAACCCCGACCUCAAUGAAUGGACUGAGGAUGACGAAUUGCCAGAGGCUACAGUCGGCAUUUCGUGCUGUGUCGUCACCAUCCCCACACGGAAAACACGAGAAUCCAGAGCCAGUUCAGUUUCUUCUGCACCAGUCAGUAUAUAGUGAUUUAAAUCAUAGCAGUUAUGUAGUUUAAAUGUCCAAUGGCUUCCAGCUUGUCUGUUGCAUAAUUCUGGUGCUUGACUCUUAUUAAAUAGUCAUCAGCUAUCCUUUAGAUGGGAAUAGAUUGACGUAAUGGA